GCUACACGGGUGUACGUGCUGCCAGACAUCUGAACAAUUAGCUCUUGUGUGUUACGUUUGUGUAGCUCCGGUAUUUCCUUUAGUGUUGAUGUAAAUAUAUUGACAUUGUUUGCAAUCAAUAAGGUCGAAUACAUGUGAACGUGUCACAAAUCAGGUGUGACACUGGUAUUUUAGAUGACGAAACGUCCGUCAAUAUGAUAAAACAUUUAUAACCAUGACGGACAAUACCAGCGGUGGUCGGGUUUUAUUGCGAGUACUUCACAAGUGGAGACAACUGUUAAUUGUCAUAUUGGUGCCGCUAAUUUUCCUGCCUGUAGUUUUUAUUGGAAGCUCUAAGGUUGCAAGUUGUGCCUAUGGUGUAUUGGUCAUUGGAAUCUUUUGGGUUACGGAGGCGCUCCCCCUGGCGGUAACCUCACUACUACCGGUAUUGAUAUUCCCUAUCCUUGGCGUCAUACCAGUGACACAAAUAUGUGCAAGUUAUUUCAAAGAGACGCUUAUGCUGUUUAUCGGGAGCCUCAUUGUAGCGGUGGCGGUUGAGAAAUGGAACCUGCACAGAAGAAUUGCUCUAAGGGCAUUAACCCUGGUGGGACCGGAACCAAAAAUGUUGAUGUUGGGGAUCAUGCUGCCCUGUUGGUUCCUUUCUAUGUGGAUGAGUAACACCGCCACAACUGCCAUGAUGGUCCCCAUCCUCAACGCCAUAUUGUCUCAGAUCAAAGAAUCAAGAAAGGUGGACGUGAAUGGCGACGGAGCAGAACAUAAAGCAAUGACUGACAAAAAGGAAAGUUCAACAGAAUUACAGACUCUGAAUGCACCGGAAACUGAAAGCGAGUUGAACCAUGUAUCAAAGUCUAGCAAAGCCUGUCGACUUGACAAUGAAGAUGAUGACUUCGUCAAUCUCGCCAAGACGUUUGCUAUGUGUAUAGCGUUUUCUGCAAAUAUAGGAGGGAUUGCUACUCUCACUGGUACUCCUCCCAAUAUUGUCUUCAAGGGUCUGGCAGACGAGCUUUUCGAGGACUAUGGUAUAGAUUCAGGCAUCACGUUCGCUAACUGGUUGGUGGUGGGCUUCCCGCUCUCUGUCAUAUGUCUUGCCUGUUGCUGGCUUUGGCUCCAGGUUUAUUAUGAGGGAAAAGGGUUUUUCCUUUGUAAGAAGAGGAAGAAUUCCUACGACCUAGUGAAAUACCAUCUCCUGAAGGAAUACAAUAGCUUAGGACCUAUGACAUUUGCAGAGGCCAUUGUGCUAAUUGAUUUUGUAAUGCUGGCAGUGCUGUGGGUCACACGGAAUCCACAAAUUGUUCCUGGCUGGGGAGCUUUGUUCCCUGCAAAAUACGUUGGUGAUUCGUGUCCAGCCGUACUGAUGGCUGUUUUGUUGUUUGUGCUUCCUUCCAAACCACCAAGCUUUCGACAGAUCUUCCGAAAAUCUCCUGAUGAAGAAAACGACAUCGAUGCAGAUUCUGAGGACGACAACAGCGACAGUGACGAAUAUAUUCCCCUGCUUGAUUGGGAAACAGUCAACCGGAAACUUGCCUGGGGGGUCAUCAUACUAAUGGGUGGGGGGUUCGCACUCGCGGACGCAUGUAGUGCGUCUGGGUUGUCGGGGUGGGUCAGUGACCAGCUGAUCGUACUAAAUGUGAUGCCACCCUGGGCAAUCGCCCUUGUGCUAGCCUUCAUAAUAGCAGCGGCCACCAACAUCACCAGUAACGCGGCCACAGCUACACUGUUCCUACCCAUCGUCGGUAACCUGGCAAUACAACUUGAGAUAAAUCCUCUAUACUUCAUGAUACCAUGCGCUUUAGCAGCCUCGUUUGCGUUUCUGCUUCCUGUUGGGACCCCGCCGAAUGCGAUCGUCUUCGCCACAGGAUAUCUAAAUAUUAAGGAUAUGCUGAUUGGCGGUUCUGUGAUCAAUAUCAUCAGUAUCCUGUUCGUUUCACUGGCCAUGAACGCCUGGGUCAACCAAUUUUACGGACUGUAUAUUCUACCCGACGCUUUCCGGAAAGACCCGAUACAGAUGACUACUCUUACCUCGAUAAACAGUUCAUAUACCUACAACGCAAGCUGUGUGUGCUAAAAAGGGAGAUAAUAUUGUAAUAUAUAUGCAUCGGUUACUAUAAAAAUGGUUGUAAAAAACAUAUAAGCAAUCUACAAUGCUAACUAAUUGCUAGUUGCAUAAGAUACUGUACCUACAAGGCAAGCUGUGUUUGUUGAAAAGAGAUAAUAUUGUAAUAUAUGUAUCGACUAUUUUAAAUAGGGUUGUUUGAAACCUAUAAGAACUCUUCAACGCCAAAUAAUUGCUAGUUGCAUUAGAUUGGUAUUGCAGUAUUUUAUAUAUAGUUUUUAGCAGUGCAUUGAUAUUUGAUAUAUGUACCUGGUUGUUUAUAUGCGACAAAGGACCGGUAAUACGUAUGUCUAAAAUAUGCUGUUCAAUUUUUAUUGUAAUGAUUGUUUUUGUUUACAUAGGUCAAGGGUAUGUAAGGUUACAUGGGACGGAUCUUUUAGUUUAACAAAGGAGCAAAGUAUAAUGGUGAAAAAAGAGUUUUAUGUUAAAUUCGAUAUGAAUUUCCAUCCCCGUUGACACAAACAGGUUUAAAUUCAGUUCUUGUUCCGCAAUUAAGCAGCAGUUAAAUGAUUAAAUCAUUUUUUAAAGAUAUUUGGAAUAAGGUAAACUGGUUCAUCGUGGUUCAAAGAAUAUGAUAAUAAAUGAUAUCAAAAUUUUACUUUUUACACAAACAAUGUACGUAUUAAACGUGUCGCAA